CCUGGCCAUUCCACUUGGAGCUGGGGGCUGACUAACUAGAGCGACAUGUCUGCCAGCCAGAGUUUUGCCUUUGCCAUUUUCAUUUUAGAAAUAAGCAUUCUGGCAGCAGGUCCUACUCCUAGUUAUUCGACCGAGCCAGGAGGAAACGGAGGCACUCCAGCGCCCAUAGACUGCAGGAUGAGCCCCUGGAGCGCAUGGUCAGAAUGCGAUCCUUGCCUCAGACAAAUGUUUCGUUCACGAACCAUUGAGGCCUUUGGACAAUUUAAUGGGCAAAAGUGUCUUGAUGCCGUGGGAGAUAGGAAGCAAUGUGAGCCCACUCGGACCUGUGAAGACCCUGAGGACGAGUGUGGAAAUGACUUCAAGUGUGGUACAGGCAGGUGUAUAAAGAAGCGUCUUCUGUGUAAUGAUGACAAUGACUGUGGAGAUUAUUCAGAUGAGGAUAAUUGUGAAAAGGAUCCCCGGCCCCCUUGCCGAGAAAGGGUAGUGGAAGAGUCGGAACUAGCCAGGACAGCAGGCUUUGGCUUAAACAUUUUAGGGAUGGAUCCGCUCUCCACCCCUUUUGACAAUGAGUACUACAAUGGUCUCUGUGACCGAGUUCGAGAUGGAAAUACUUUAAAGUACUACCGGAAACCUUGGAAUGUGGCAACUCUGGCUUAUGAAACCAAAGCUGAUAAAAAUUUCAGGACUGAGUUUUAUGAAGAUCAGAUUGAAUCAUUCAAAAUGUUUGUCCGAGAGAAGAUAAAAACUUUUAAUGCAGGUUUUAAUCUGAAAUUCACACCUACUGAAGCACUUAAACAGCUGAAGAAACAACAAGACUCUCCUGCAAACACAGUCUCCUCUCCUGCAAACACAGACUUCUCCCCUAAUGACACAGACUCCUCUCCUGCAAACACAGACUCCUCCCCUAAAGACACAGACUCCUCUCCUGCAAACACAGACUCCUCCCCUAAAGACACAGACUCCUCUCCUGCAAACACAGACUCCUCCCCUAAAGACACAGACUCCUCUCCUGCAAACACAGACUCCUCCCCUAAAGACACAGACUCCUCUCCUGCAAACACAGACUUCUCAAUUCCUUUAGGGUUUCAGAGUAAACUUCAAUUUUCAUAUUCCAAAAAUGAGACUAUUCGAAGGUUAUUGUCAUAUUCUUCUCUGACGGGGAAAGUAUUUCUGCAUGUGAAAGGAGUAGUUCAUCUAGGAAGAUUUGUGAUGAGAAAUCGGGAUGUCAUGGUGACAACAGCUUUCUUGGAUGAUGUCAAAGCUCUUCCAGUUACCUAUGAAAAAGGAGAAUAUUUUGCAUUUUUGGAAACCUAUGGAACCCACUACAGUAGCUCUGGGUCUGUAGGAGGACUAUAUGAACUAGUAUAUGUUUUGGAUAAAUCUACCAUGCGAAGACAAGGUAUUGAACUAAGGGAUGUACAGAAGUGCCUCGGAUUUGAUGCAGGAGUUUCUGUAAGUUUUGGAUUUGAAGUCUCAGCAAAUAUUGACGGCAAGGCUUGUCAAACGGAGGGUGAACGUAACCAAGAAAGCACCAAAGAUGGUCAGUACAUUGAUGAUGUUGUUUCACUGAUAAGAGGAGGAACAAGCAAAUACACACUUGAACUGAAAGAGAAACUUCUCAAAACCAAGACGAUUGAUGUGAAAGACUUCGUAAAUUGGGCCACUUCCUUAAGUGAUGCUCCUGUGCUCAUAAAUCAACAAAUAUCUCCGAUAUAUAAUUUGGUCCCACUGAAAAUAAAAGAUGCCCACCAAAAGAAACAAAACUUGGAAAAAGCCAUUAAAGAUUAUAUCUCUGAAUUUGAUGCAAGAAAAUGUUACCCAUGCCAGAAUGCAGGCACGGCGGUUCUGAUGGACGGACAGUGCUUAUGUAUGUGCCCAGCCAACUUUGAGGGACUGGCCUGUGAAAGAAGGAAAUAAAGCAAUCUUUCUCAGAAUUCGAAUCCAAGAGGAGAAUAGAGCUGUUGGCUUCCCUGGGAUCCUAUAAAAGGGGGAAAAAACACACUUGGAUCACCCAGUAUAUGAUCCUGCCCCUUGAGAUAAUUCUUGUUGCCAAAGGAAAAAGCAAAAAGAAAAGGUUUUUCUGAAAAUCUCACCAGCCUCUGAAGUCUCCUCUCUCCUAGAUCCAGAAUGUUUCUUUUCCUCCUUAAGCUCCUAUGAUGUUUUCAUUUGUUCUGCCCUAAUGAGGAGAGUCAGCAGUGAAAUAUGCCAGCACUGCUUUCUCCCACAGGCAAUGCCAAUCUCUCCCUAACAAAACAAAAUUAAAUUAAAAAGAGAACGUUGGU